AACUUAUCAGACAUUGAUAAGACAAAGCCGAAAUAUUGAUAAAAUUCGACAGUCUUCGUAAAAGCGUCACGCGGAAUCUAUGGAUGUGAAAAUGUCGGUAAACUAAAUUUUAGUGGGGUGAAUGUUUUGAAUUUCCAAGAUGGCAGACCGUGUUACCUUGUCGGACUUCGUCUGGCUGAAGCCGAUAGGUAAGACGGAAUUCGAUGUGCCAAUAGCAGUAAAGGUUCUAAAGAGUGCCGGUGACAGAAUCGAAGUAAAGGAUCAUGAUGGCAACGUGUUUUCUACGUCCAUACAAAAUGUCCUCAAACCGCUGCACUCCACGUCCGUACAAGGAGUGGAAGACAUGAUCACGCUGGGUGAACUGCAGGAGUAUACGAUCCUUCAUAAUCUUCAUAUGCGGUACUCCAAACAGCUGAUAUACACAUACACGGGCUCAAUGUUGAUAGCAAUAAACCCAUAUGAAAUUCUACCCAUAUACACGAUGGAUCAAAUACAUUACUACCAAAAGAGGAGCUUGGGCGAAAUACCGCCUCAUAUAUUUGCUAUCGGUGAUAAUUCCUAUAGAGAAUUAUUGGAUACAUCGUUGAACCAGUGCAUCGUAAUCAGUGGAGAAAGUGGUGCCGGUAAAACAGAAAGUACAAAGUUGUUGCUUCAGUAUUUGGCUGCAGCCAGUGGCAAACAUUCCUGGAUUGAACAGCAAAUUCAAGAGACAAAUCCCAUUCUCGAAGCUUUUGGUAACGCUAAGACUGUGAGGAACGACAACUCAUCCAGAUUUGGCAAAUAUGUGAACAUCUAUUUUAGUAAAGAAGGUAUUAUUGAAGGAGGAAAUAUUGAGCAGUAUCUUCUGGAAAAAUCUAGAAUCGUCUUUCAAAACAAGGGUGAAAGAAACUACCACAUAUUUUACUCUCUAGUCACCGGAUUGUCAGCAGAUGAAAAGAAAAGAUUGGAAUUAGGUCGCCCAGAAGACUACAAUUACUUGAAUUCCGGUAAAAUGUUGACCUGUGAUGGGCGUAAUGAUGGCUUGGAGUUUAACGACAUAAGAUCCGCUUUCAAAGUUCUCAAUUUCCCUGACCAUGAAGUUUGGGGGACGUUCAGUCUUCUAGCCGCUAUUCUCCAUUUAGGAAACUUAAAAAUCAAAUCGACUAGUUCGAACAACAUGGAGGGAUCUGAUAUCCCUGAUAAUACUGCCGCUAAUAGGAUUGCUAACCUUUUGGGUGUUACAAAAGCAAAGCUAUGUGAAGCUCUGACAAGGAAAACAUUUGUAGCUCACGGAGAAAAAGUAGUUUCUCCAUUAAACGCUGCCUCUGCGGUUGAAGGCAGAGACGCGCUAGUAAAAGCCAUAUAUGGUCAUAUUUUUGAAUACAUAGUCGAAAUGAUAAACAAAACACUGUUCAAGGACCAACAACUGACCAGUGGAUCUGUGGGAAUCUUGGACAUUUUCGGCUUUGAAAAUUUCGAUUACAAUAGUUUCGAACAAUUGUGCAUUAACUACGCAAACGAAAACUUACAGCAGUUCUUUGUGAAGCACAUUUUUAAACUUGAACAAGAACAAUAUGCGAAGGAGGGCAUUCAAUGGACCAAUAUCAACUAUGUGGACAAUCAAGAGAAUUUAGAUGUGAUAGGUUUGAAAGCAAUGAAUUUACUGUCUCUGAUUGAUGAGGAGUCUAGGUUCCCUAAGGGUACUGAUGUCACUUUGCUCUCUAAGUUGAAUAGUAAUCAUAGUAAUAAGAGUUGUUAUAUUACUGCCAAAUCUUCAAGGGAGUAUAAGUUUGGUAUACGACAUUUUGCUGGAGAUGUAUCUUAUACAGUACAAGGUUUCCUUGACAAAAAUAGAGACAUGUUAACAGCAGAUGUAAAAGAAAUGAUGUUGGAUUCAAAUAACGAAUUUUUGAAGAAUCUUUUCUUAACCGAGUAUGCCCCAACUCAAAGUGGGAGCAGGAAACCCUUUUCACUGAGUCACCAGUUCAAAACUUCUCUCGAUUCAUUGAUGAAGACUUUGUAUGCUUGUCAUCCGUUCUUUGUGAGAUGCAUUAAGCCCAAUGAGUUCAAAAAGCCAAAGAUUUUGGACAAAGCUUUAUGCGUCCGACAACUACGUUACGCUGGUCUAAUGGAGACAGCGAAAAUAAGACAAGCUGGCUACCCCAUACGGUAUGCGUACAAAGAUUUCGUCCAUCGUUACCGAUUGGUCGCCCCGGGCAUUCCACCAGCUGAGAAAACUGACUGUGUAAGUGCAGCAAAGAAAAUCUGCGCUCAUGUCUUCACUGACCAAGACUAUCGUUUUGGACACACGAAAGUAUUCCUCAAAGACUAUCACGAUGCCCGCCUUGAAGAACUCAGACAUAAGGUGUUAAUAACAGCAGUGAUCAAAGUACAAGCGAAUGCAAGAAGAUUCAUUUAUAGAAAUAGGUUCUUGAAGCUACGAGCUGCUACCAUUCUGGUACAGAAGACGUACCGCGCCCGUGGCUACAGAAGCAAAUACCUCAUCAUGAAACGAGGAUACUCACGCAUGCAAGCCGCUAUCAGAUCAAGAGAACUGAGAAAGGCCUUCAUAAAUAUGAGAGUCUUCUUCAGAAGGAUACAAGCGUAUUGCAAGGGUUAUCUUAUUAGAAAGAUGGUUAGAGAGAAGGGCCAUCAAAUUAAGAAGAUGUUGGUAACGCUGCGUAAAGAGAGGGAGGAACAAAUAGACUCUGGUGUUAGUGUAGAAACUGCGGGAGACAAUUACCAGAAGAAAUACGGUAAUAUGAUGAGAUCUAUAUGGUUCUUGAAGGACGAACAGUCGGCUGACGUACAUCAGAAUAAUGCAGCUGUAGAGGAAACAAUAUUGGAGGACAUCUUCAGUUUCCUUAAGAAUUCGGUGCAACAAGACGAUCAUCACUCGGUAAUUCCGCUGCCUAAAGCAGAGGUGGAUGAGGAACUAUUCGAUGAGUACAACUUUAGAAAGUUUGCUGCUACAUAUUUCUUAGGAAAUACCACUCACCAGUACUCGAGAAAGCCUUUGAAGCAUUCUCUAUUGGACUUGCCCUUGCCCGUGGACAAAAUAGCAGCGCAGGCCUUAUGGAUUACUAUCCUACGGUUCAUGGGUGACAUGGCGGAGCCGAGGUAUGUUGACGAUAAAGUGGACAAUGUGCCUGUUAUGUCCAAUCUUGCUGAUACGCUUGGUAGAGCUUUCCAGAAGAGCAGAGAGUUCCAUGAAUUCAUGCAAGGCGAUCUCUCAACAAAUGAUAGGAAUAAACUUAUGUCGCGAACAUUGAAGCAGCGAUCGAAGUUAGAUGAUGAGUUUAUGAGGAGCCUGAUGAAUGACGACGUCACCAGCGAAAUGUACGGCACUUGGCUCAACUCCCGACGAAGCACUAACUUGGAGAAAUUGCACUUUAUCAUUGGACAUGGUAUCAUUAGAAAGGAGCUCAGAGAUGAGAUCUUCUGCCAGUUGUGUAAACAGCUGACAAACAACCCAUCGAAGGCGUCACACGCUCGUGGUUGGAUUCUACUCUCACUCUGCGUCGGUUGCUUCCCACCAUCCGAAAGAUUCGUGAAAUAUCUACGCGCCUUCAUUCGCGAUGGCCCACCAGGAUAUGCUCCCUACUGUGAAGGUAGACUCGUAAGGACCUUCAAGAAUGGUCCACGUACACAACCGCCAAGCUGGCUGGAACUCCAAGCCACAAAAACGAAGAAACCUAUAUUACUUACGGUGACGUUAAUGGACGAAUCCAUGAAGACUGUCCAAUCAGACUCCGCUUCCAAUGCUGAAGAAAUUUGCCAGCAGAUCGCUGAAAGCAUAGGACUCACAGAUUCAUUCGGUUUCUCGUUAUACAUAACUCUAUAUGACAAAGUUCUAUCCCUUGGUAGCGAGAAGGAACAUAUACUAGACGCUAUUUCACAAUGCGAACAGUUCGCUAAGGAACAAGGAACGCCCGAAAAGAGUGCACCAUGGAGACUAUUCUUCAGAAAAGAAGUGUUUACUCCAUGGCACAACCCUGCCGAUGAUGCAGUAGCCACUAGCCUUAUAUACCACCAAGUAAUUAAAGGAGUUAAAUACGGCGAGUACAGAUGUAACUCGGAAAAAGAUUUAGCCAUGAUCGCGGCUCAGCAACACUACGUUGAGUUCGGGGCCAAUAUAGACCCCAACGUGUUGAGAAGUGUCAUCGCCAACUACAUACCGAACCAAUUCCUCCAAUCGAACGAGGCAGCGUUGACAAAAUGGGAACAUUUAGUAACCAAAGCAUUCGAAAACUCCACAAGCAUUAAAACUAGAAUAGAUCCUCUCAGAUGUAAGGAAGACAUCGUUCUAUUUGCUAAAUUGAAAUGGCCAAUGCUAUUCUCUAGAUUUUUUGAAGCUAUUAAACUUAAAGGAGAUAAUAUUAACAAAGAUUUAGUGAUCAUAGCAGUCAACUGGACUGGAAUUUACAUAGUCGACCAACAAGAACAUAUACUUCUAGAAAUAUCCUACCCUGAAGUAACAUACGUCGCGUAUAAUGCUGAUAAAGAUUACGACAGCAUUGGUAGGAUCACAAUCAGAACAAUACAACAAGAAGAAUUUGAGUUCCAAAGCGUGGAUGCUAGUGAAAUGAGUUCGCUAAUAAUAUACAUGAUCGAUGGUUUGAAGAGAAGGUCUAUUUACGUAGUCGCACAGUCUGACUUACAAGGUUACAGCGACGCCUCAUCUUUCCUCCAGUUUAAGAAAGGAGAUCUGAUUGUACUUAUGCAAGACUUUAAGGGAGAGAACCUAACCAACACCACUUGGGGACAUGGUGUUUGCAAUGGCCAAGAGGGACUAUUCCCAACCGAGCAAGUCUACAUCUUACCCACACUAGAAAUGCCAUCCAACACCAUCCUCGAAAUAUUUAAGAAGGGCAACAUUAAUCUUGAAAAGAAGAACUUAUCGAAAUACAAUACAAUUCAAAGAAAGAAAAUGCAUACUCUCGAAAAUUAUGCUAAACAACAUUUCAGAGACAAUCACGAUAUCAAUACUACAUAUUCUAGAAGACCAACGUUAACUACUGUCAAGAGAUCCGCUGGUGGCGAUCUGUGGAGUCAUAGUAGAGAACCGCUAAGAAAGCCAUUGUUGCAAAAACUAAUCGGUGAUGAGAAGAGGUCCAAAGCAGCAGUAUCAGCAUUCUAUGCCAUUCUCAAAUACAUGGGCGAUAUGCCAGCUCCUAAAGCUAGAACAGUCACUGAAUACACGGACGAAAUAUUUAACAGCGCUGUGAAAGACCUUGAGCUAAGAGAUGAAAUCUACUGUCAGAUAAUGAAACAGCUGACGAACAAUAAAAUACAAUUGAGUGAGGAAAGAGGGUGGGAACUCAUGUGGUUGGUUACAGGAAACUUUGCUUGCGAACCAACGCUUCUCAAAGAAUUAGUGGAAUUCCUAAAAACGCGACCGCACCCUAUAGCUAAAGAUUGUUUGAAACGCGUGUUCAAAUCACAGAAGAAGGGCGCUAGGUUGUAUCCGCCAUACGUAGUGGAAGUUGAAGCUAUACAGCAUAGGAGUAUGCAGAUAUACCAUAAGGUCUACUUACCUGAUGACACUGAUGAAGCUUUCGAAGUAGAAUCAUCUACUAAAGCGAAGGAACUCUGCGAACAAAUUACUGGAAGACUGAACCUUAAGAACAGUGAUGGGUUCAGCUUGUUCGUCAAGAUUGCUGAUAAAGUGUUCUCAGUACCAGAAAAUUAUUACUUCUUUGAUUUCAUUCAUGAGCUUGUGGAAUGGAUGAAGGCGACGCGACCUGUUCGUGGUGGAGUACUAAUGCAGAUGAACUACCAAAUAUUCUUUAUGAAGAAACUUUGGAUCAACACAGUGCCAGGCCGAGAUAAGAAUGCCGACCAGAUAUUCUAUUUCCCGCAAGAGUUACCGAAGUAUUUAAGAGGCUACCACAAAACUUCUAAACAAGAUCUAGCAGAAUUUGCAGCAUUGGUCUAUAGAUCGAGAUAUGGCAACGACCAGACUAAGCUUCCACAAAUCACCCAAUCGCUUCAAGAUUAUAUGCCAUCCGAUAUGAUCAGAAUCCAGAAUAAUUCACAAUGGAAAGCAGCUAUCCAGAAAGCCUACAUGGAACAGGGUAAUAUGAGUGAAAAUGAGGCGAAAGAACAGUUUUUGAAGAAAAUCUAUCUGUUGCCUACGUUUGGUACUGCAUUCUUUGAGGUUAAGCAAACUUCUGACCCGGCUUACCCAGAAAUGGUAGUUAUUGGCAUCAACAAGAAUGGAGUCUGUGUUAUUCAUCCUCAGAGUCGAGACAUAUUAGUAACUCAUCCGUUCUCUCAACUUUCCAACUGGUCGUCAGGAAACACAUUCUUCCACAUGACAAUGGGCAAUUUCUUGCGAGGAACUAAAAUUCUAUGUGAAACCUCUUUGGGAUACAAAAUGGAUGACCUCAUUUCGUCUUAUAUCGCAGUUUUGAAAAAAUAUAUAAAGUAAAUGGAAGAGUUUGGUUAUAUAGAAGGCUCGUUUGUUCUGCCAUCAAGCCUUAUGCCAGAAAUAUAUUAGCGUGGCCCAGCGUGCCGUGGUGCGCCAGAAAUGGAUGCAAGUGAUUCUCAGUGCAUCACGUCUUUAUUUGGUGUUUGUGGUUAAAAACAUUAGUAUUAUAAGUUUGUAAUAAAUAAUAAAAUAAGCAACCAAUAUUUUACAGUUUUAAAUAGCACUAUAAUUUGUAUGUAAGUUUGUUAUGUUAAUGUAUAAAUUAUAUUUUUGUUAAAAAUUAUACCUAGUAGGUACCUAAAUACUUAA